AUGACCAACAACCUUCUUUCUGCAGAGACAGUCGCUGCCCAUAACACUCGUGAGAGCUGCUGGAUCAUUGUCCACGGCAAUGUCUAUGAUGUGACGGACUUCCUGGAUGAUCAUCCUGGCGGAAGUAAUAUCAUUCUCAAGUAUGCCGGGAAGGAUGCAACAGAGGAAUAUGACCCCAUUCACCCUCCAAACGCAAUCAUAGACAACUUGCCAAAGGAGAAGCAUUUGGGCAAAGUCGAGCCGGGCACAAUUGUCAAAAUGGCCAAAGAACUCACACAGGAGGAGAUUGAUCGUGAAGAGCGCGUCAAAAAUCGACCUCCCCUCUCAGAGAUUCUCAACCUCCACGAUUUCGAGGCUAUCGCCAAGGAGAUUAUGCCUCCCAAAGCUUGGGCUUACUAUAGUUCUGCAGCAGACGACGAGAUCACAAACCGAGAAAACCAUCUUGCGUACCAGCGAAUCUGGUUCAGACCCCGUGUCCUCCGCGAUGUCACGCAUGUAGACUGGUCGACGAAAAUCCUUGGACACAAGACGUCAAUGCCCAUCUACAUUACUGCAACUGCACUGGGAAAACUUGGACAUCCUGAAGGAGAAGUGCUUCUUACUAGAGCCGCGGCAAAGCAUGGAAUUAUACAGAUGAUUCCGACCUUGGCUUCAUGUAGCUUUGACGAUAUUGUCAAUGCAGCACAGCCAGGCCAGGUGCAGUUCAUGCAAUUGUAUGUGAAUAAGGACAGAGAUAUUACAAAGCGCUUGGUUCAGCAUGCGGAGAAACGAGGCAUCAAAGGCUUGUUCAUUACAGUCGAUGCGCCGCAGCUUGGUCGCCGAGAAAAGGAUAUGAGGAUGAAAUUCGAGGGCGAUGCUGAUGUUCAGGUCGGGACUGCAGUAGAUCGCUCUCAAGGUGCUGCAAGAGCCAUCAGUUCCUUCAUUGACCCUGUGCCAAUCAUCUUGAAGGGAAUUCAAUGUUGGGAAGAUGCCUUGAUGGCAUUGGAAGCAAAGUGCGAUGGUAUCGUACUGUCCAACCACGGUGGUCGCCAACUCGACAUGUCGCGAUCUGGUAUUGAGGUUUUGGAAGAAGUCGUGACCAAAUUUAAGGAGAGAGGCCUCUGGCCGUGCCCCAAGUUUGAGAUCUAUAUCGACGGGGGUGUUCGACGUGCGACAGAUGUUCUCAAGGCCGUUGCUAUGGGUGCUACUGCAGUUGGAAUCGGGCGUCCGUUUUUGUACGCUUAUUCUGCAUAUGGUCAAGACGGAAUCAACCAGGCAUUACAGAUUCUCAAGGAAAGCUUCGACGAAAUGGAGAUGAAUAUGAGGCUUCUCGGGGCCAGAACGAUCGAGGAAGUUGUUCCCGAGAUGGUAGAUACCAGGUCACUUUGCUCUCAUAGUUCGCCGCCCGCAAACGAAUUAUACCAAAGCAACUACGAUAAAUUAAGGAGGGCUGCUAUCAAGUCAAAGCUGUAA